CAAAGCCGCAUUUUGAGGAAGUUGGGGGAAGAGAGUCGCUCUGUUGCUAAGGGAAACUUCAUGCAAGUUGGCGGUGCUUCUGCUGUUGGCAAUGUGCGCGGCUGCUAAUGAAGCGGCAAAAUCAAAAGAUUGCCCAGCCGUGAAAUACCGCAAGAAGCGAUGGGUUGAAGCUUUUGAGGCAUGUGAUGAAAACAACAAAGGAUACUUAAACCGAGAAGACUAUAAAGUUGCUAUAGUGAUGCUAUUUGGCUAUAAGCCCUCAAAGGUAGAAGUGGAUUCAGUUAUGGCUGUGAAACAAAAUCCAUUUGGUUUAUCACUUGAAGAAUUUUUAAAUCUUAUGACUACAAAGAAGGUUGUACACUUUUACCAUAGUGAAAUAAGACGGUUAUUCAUGUCUUUUGACAGACAAUGUAGAGGAUUUUUAUCAUUUGAAGAUUUCAAAAAAGCUUUCAGUAUUGUUGCACCAAAGUUACCAGAAAGGAUCAUUGUUGAAGCAUUCAGGGAGGUUGAUCAGGAUUCUGAUGGCCGUAUUAGCUUCAAUGAAUUUGAAGCAGCAAUGAAGUAUGGACAAGAAAAUUUGUCUCAUCUUACCUGAAGUUCAAUUUGUUACAAAUUUGCAAAAGAACUGCCGUUUCCAAAAGCUGCAAAACAUUUUUUCUUCAGCAUUACAAAUCUACACAGGAUCCAAGGAAACAGAGAAAUCCUAUCCAUUCAAACUUCCAUGACAUGUAUUGACUUUGUUUAAUUACUUCUUUAGUUUUGGUUCUUCUUCCUCAAUAUUUAUGCAAAAUUAAUUGAUACAACUGCAUGAACAUGGAAAAGGAAAAACAAUGAAAGACUGCUUAAUUA